AUGGCUUCUCCGUUCCCGGAGAAGACAGAUCCCCAGGCCACUGUUGCUGAGACCGCCGAAGGAAUCAGAAGGCUUCCCAGUCGUCCCAACUCGUUCUCACCAAGCUAUCGCCUCCCGCCAGAGGUGCUCGUGCGAAUCUUCAUCGAUUUGGGGCCGUGCCCCCUCGCCACAUCCACUCAUGUGUGCAAAUAUUGGCGCGAGGUUUCCCUUGAAUUUCCUUGUCUCUGGUCCAUCAUCACGAUAGAAAGCCACGAGCGGUCAACGGGACGUCUGCGGCUGUUCCUGCAGCGGUCAAAGGGUACACCGCUCACCAUCACCAUACACGGGAUUCAAGAUCGCAAACUUUAUCGCGAGCUCAUAAAGGAGCUGUCGUCCCACCGGUGUCGUAUGCAGAAACUACUUUUGAGUUUCAACAGCAACGAGCUCCAGACCACUAUCAACUUCUUUGCAUCUGAUUUCCCCGUCCUCUCUGAAGUUUCUUUGGAACCUUCGCAGACGAGUAAUCCAGGCGCGCGAUUCGCUCUACCGAAGGACUUGAUGGGCAAUGCACCCGAGUUGUAUAGCCUGCGCUUGUGCGCUUGCGUAAUUCCAUGGCACUCGUCUACAUUCAAGGGACUAACGCGCCUACAACUCGAAGCAAUGUGGCCCUUAGAGCCCUCGCCGGAGGAGCUUUGGUUGGUCUUGAAGAGUGCGACCGCCCUUGAGGAUGUCAGGCUACAAGACGUUCUGUCACGACUGGAGCCCGCACCGACAUCUUGGCCUCUUGACGCGGAUGUUGAUCUUCCCCACAUCCAUCACAUUGACUUGACAGAAACAAGGUUCAUGGAGUACGCACAUUUCUUCUCGCGCGUUCGUAUUCCUGCGAACGCGCACGUUACCUUGGAUGUCAUUACCACCUAUCGUGGCCAGGGUAGCAUCGCCGAAAGACUCACCUGGCUUCCACCAUCCCUUUUCUCCGCCGUUCGAUCCGAGAGCACACCAUCGCUUGCCCUUGACAUGACAUUGGGACCAUUGUUUUCCUUUAUCAUAACACAGACAAGUACUCAGCACCCCUCUCGUGGAUGCGAACGCACAUCGGAUCUGGAUUGUGGCGGUAGGAUCAAUGCUACUUUUCAUCACCAUUUCAAAUACGCCUGCGACGCUGUUCGCGCAACUUUCAACUCAUUGUGGUUUGACGCGCCCCUCGUAUCCAUUCGCGACCUUCGCAUCACGACGUAUAGGGAUAGAGGUGAAUGGUACCUCGAAGGGAUUCCAUGGAGCGAUAUUCUCUCGGCUUUGCCUAACCUUCGCCUUCUCCACGCCCAGAUCGGCCCAUUGAGCACUGCUCAACUGAUCGACGCUCUUGAGCCACAAUAUCACGGUGUUCCUGUUGCUGAACUUCGUGAGCUGCGUUUUCCACCAUUGGCAGUCUGGAGUAAACGACCGAAGCUUGAAGGCGUUGCCCACGUCUUUGAGGAGCGAGCUAGAGCGGGGUCUUGUCUGGACAAGCUCGCUGUCAGCAAGAGGCUUCUAACCGAAUCAGAAUGUGCUCGGUUGAGGCGCAUUUUUGGGAGUAUUGAGCUUACUUAUUGAUAGGGGUGUAAUGUAUCGUCAUUGUCAUGUUGUUUAAAUCGUGAAUGCACCCUGCAGUCCUCUGAGACAAGGAUAAC